AUGUUUUCAAACCUAAAGGCCAUCAGUUCAAAUAAAUGUGUUGUAGAAGGGAAAGUUCAACCUUGCACAAUAAUUUAUUCUAUAGAAACAGGAAAAUUUGUUAAAAUAUUCCCAGGUGAAAUCUUAUAUAAUAAAGAUCCUAGGUUAUCACAAGUUUCAGAGUAUGUAAACGUGUCGCCAUACGUUAUUUUGCCAGGGUUAGUAGAUUCACAUGUUCAUUUAAACGAGCCAGGUAGAACAGAGUGGGAGGGUUUUGAAACAGGCACCAAGGCCGCUAGUUCUGGUGGUGUUACAACAGUAAUUGAUAUGCCGUUGAAUGCAAUUCCACCAACCACCACUUUACAAAAUUUCAAGGUUAAAUUGGACGCAGCGGAAAACCAGUUAUGGUGUGAUGUUGGGUUUUGGGGCGGCUUAGUUCCUGGUAAUUUAAAAGAUUUAAAACUCUUAAUUAAAGCAGGUGUUAGAGGUUUUAAAGGGUUUUUGAUGGAUUCAGGUGUUGCUGAGUUUCCUGCUAUAGAUAAAUUAUAUAUAGCAGAUGCAUUGAAAGAAUUACAAGAUGAAAAGACCAUGCUUAUGUUUCAUGCUGAACUGCAAACUCCGGACAACAAGCAUACAAUUUAUACUGGUAGUGAUUAUAGCAAUAAUGAUUUGUGUACUGUCGAUUCGCCUAUUGAAAAAAGUUUAGGUUUAUCUACCUGCUUGUCUCCAAUUCAGCCUACUUCUGGUGAGAUAUCGGACCAAGUCAAUUUUACAAAUACUCUUGAUACAAAUUUUAAACAAGAUACUAUAACCCCCCUUGGAUUGGCACAAGAAGAAGAUGAUACGUUGGCUAAUGUUGAUCCAGCUGACUACAAAUAUUUCCUAAUGUCAAGGCCAGAUAAUUUUGAGACAGAUGCAUUAAAUUUGGUGCUUAGUUGUUUAAGAAAACAAAUUAUAAAUUAUGGUAAAUCCACGCCAGUUCACAUUGUCCAUAUGGCCUCUGAACAUGCUAUACCAAUAUUGGCCAGAGCAAAAAACGUGGAAAAUUUACCAAUUACUGCCGAAACUUGUUUCCACUAUCUAAGUUUAGCCUCCGAAAAAAUACCUAAUGGAAGUACUUUCUAUAAAUGUUGUCCUCCGUUAAGAACUGAAAAAAACAGACUAGGAUUAUGGAAAGGCUUACGUGAUGGUGUAAUUACUUCUGUUGUCAGCGAUCACAGCCCAUGUACACCAGAAUUAAAAAAUUUGGAGAAGGGUGAUUUUUUUAGUGCAUGGGGUGGAAUUUCUUCAGUUGGUCUGGGAUUGCCCCUAAUAUACACGAUGGGGACAUAUAGUCUAACACCGGCAAUUAGCUUGCCAGAGAUCGUUCAAUGGUGUUGCGAGAAUACUGCUAUUCAGGUAGGGUUAGAAAACAUCAAGGGUUUCAUUAAAGAAGGGCAUGAUGCCGAUUUCAUAGUGUGGGAUGAAUGUAAAAAACAAGUCAUUAGAAAUGAUAAUGUUUAUUUUAAAAAUAAAUUGACUGCAUUCAACGGGUUUGAAGUCAAGAGUUGUGUUUUGAAAACCUUUGUUAGAGGUCAACUAGUCUUCAGCCAUGAAACUGGGCAUUCUACCAAACCUUUGGGUAAGAAAAUCUUAGAACCAAGAACUACAUAA